AUGGCGUCCUCUCAGAUGAUCACAAUUGGCAGGCUUGAUAUCAAUGGCAUCCUCUCUCAUAAGACAUGGUAUACCUUAUGUCACAUGUGGCUAACUACAUCACAUAGCAAACUCGCACGUCUACGAGCACAACUACUGGAACCAGCGCCGGGCUCGGGAUCAAGCGGGGGAACGGGCUUCGACGUUUCCAAGUCCGGUGAUGCCCGAAUCGCGCUCGUCGGUUUUCCUUCGGUCGGCAAAUCGACCUUCCUCUCCAAAAUUACUAAAACCAAGUCCGAAGUCGCCGCCUACUCAUUCACCACCCUCACAGCCAUUCCGGGAGUUCUCGAGUAUGGCGGUGCGGAAAUUCAGAUUCUUGAUCUACCCGGAAUCAUCGAGGGCGCGUCCGAGGGCAAAGGAAGAGGACGGCAAGUCAUUAGUGCAGCCAAGACCUCAGAUCUCAUCCUCAUGGUCCUCGACGCCACCAAGCGUGCAGAACAACGCUCACUACUCGAAGCCGAGCUCGAAGCCGUCGGAAUCCGACUCAACCGCAAUCCACCCAACAUCUACCUCAAAGCCAAAAAAGCCGGCGGCAUGAAAAUUACAUUCCAGUCACCGCCGAAAAAUCUGGACGAGAAGAUGGUCUACAACAUCCUGCGUGACUACAAGAUCUUGAACUGCGAAGUGCUCAUACGCGACGAGAACGCCACGGUCGACGACCUCAUUGACGUCAUCUUGAAAGAUCACCGCAAAUACAUUCGCUGCUUGUACGUGUACAACAAGAUCGACAACAUCAGCGUGGAUUUUCUGGACGAAUUGGCGCGUGAGCCGAAUACGGUCGUGAUGUCGUGCGAGUUGGACUUGGGGGUCGAAGAUGUCGUGGAGCGAUGUUGGCGGGAGUUGAGACUCAUGCGAAUCUACACGAAGAGACAGGGGGUGGAGCCGGACUUCAACGAAGCCCUGAUUGUGAGAAGUCAGAGCACGAUUGAGGAUGUGUGUGAUCAGAUCCAUCGGACGUUGAAGGAGACGUUCAAGUAUGCGUUGGUGUGGGGGGCGAGUGCCAAGCAUAUUCCCCAGCGGGUGGGAUUAGGGCAUGUCGUUGCUGAUGAGGAUGUGGUGCAGGUCGUGAGUGCGUGGAAAGCAUGA